AUGAAAAAAAAAAUAUGUGAUCCAGACUUGAGCAAUACCAACGUUUUCCAUUGUGGAAUUCUUUGCAUCAUUUUUCGCAGCAUGAAACCUGGGGAUAUUAUUUUGGACAUCCAAUUGACGGAGAACAAAAAUCAGAGUCCCAAUUUCGCUGAUGCGGCGUAG